AUGGUGGAACCUCUGUCAAUUGUUGCGACCGUUGAUUUGUGCAUCAAAUGGGGUGCAAUACUGGUGGAAAAGUGCUCUGCCUUUGCCCACGCCGAGGCCGAGGUCACUGACUCACUACUUCGCAUCAGGAACUGUUGGAUACGAACGAAAUCGCAGCUGCAGCUCGUCCAAAGGCUUGCCGAUACCCUCGAUGACGAUCACCGGAAAAUCCAUUACGAGACGCUUGAGAUGCUCGUGGGGAAACUCCGGACCACCGUCCACCUAAUCGAAUCCAUCUCCAGCGACGAGGGCGUGCGGCGUAUCAAGUAUGCGAGGCUUCAGACCAAGAUUAAAAAGACAAUCGACGACCUCGAGAAUUGGCAGAGACUGUUCGAUCCAUCCUGGUACUUGCUUAUGGUAGCAGCAGCCCCUCAGAUUGACGAUUAUCUGAAAGACUAUGAGCAAACCGCUACGCCUGCUACUCGAGUACCUAUCUCCUCUGCUCGUCGCCUGCGAAGCGUCCGCCACACCAAAACAGUCAAACAGCCUCCUAUAUUCUACAAGGAGAGUGACACGGCGUCUCUCAUAAUCCACGACAUUCCAAUGUCCCCAGCGAGACUCGGACUCCGGGGGGAUCCAUCCAAAACUCUCAUUUUGGACUCACGAAUUUACCCGUCCGACAUGAUAGGCCGCAGUCAAAUUGAGAAAGAUGUGCGUGAUCUGGCAAGGAAGCUGGUUCAAGCAGACCCAUUUGAGUUCGGGCUGCUCCAGUGCAAAGGGGUUGUUAAACACAGCAACGAUGGUUCUUCGAUACCGCCUUCUUUUACCUUCAUCUUCAGAUUACCGCCAGGGUGCAGCCAGCCACGCAGCCUUCGUCACUGCCUAGUCAAUGUCCAGAGACCUGAUUCACUUUCCGAUCGCUUUAGACUGGCCAGUGAGUUAGCAAAGUCGGUUCUCUACGUCCAUACCUUUGGCUUUGUCCACAAGAACAUCCGUCCGGAUACCGUCCUCGUCUUGAAGCGCCGUGAUACUGCACUGGGCUCUGUUUUUCUCGUCGGUUUCGACACGUUCCGAUCAGAGUAUGGGCAUACCGCGCUCAUGGGCAGCACAAAGUGGCAGCGAUCUCUAUAUCAACAUCCCAGCCGCAUCGGCGAUCAUGUAACCCAGAACUAUCUGGUGCAGCACGAUAUAUACAGCCUGGGUGUCUGUCUGCUGGAGCUUGGGCUAUGGGAUUCAUUUGUCGUUUACAAUGAAAACGUUUCAGACGCUACAAGUCCACUGAUUGGAAGUCCUGACCCGCCUGAGUUCAAGGAUCGUCUUCUCGAUCUCACCAGAGGAGAAUUAAAGAGCCGGAUGGGAGAUCUGUACUCCCAGGUUGUCGAAACAUGCCUGACCAGUUUGGAUCCGGGAAACGCUGAUUUUGGAGAUAAGAGCGAAUUUCAGGAUGCGGAUGGGAUCCAAGUGGGUGUUCGGUAUAUUGAAAAGAUCACGAUGCGUCUAAACAGUAUUUCAGUUUGA